AUGGAAUAUCUAGACUUCACAGCAUCUACAUCAUUUGAAGCUGCUGUUGAUGAUGCAUGGGUACUCAAUGCCACCUUUCUUACACUCAAGCAGGUUAUUAGUAUUAUAGACACAGCCUUUGGAUCACUUAUAUUCUGGGCAUUGGGAUUCGGCUUUGCAUUUGGUGAUCAGUCGAAUCCCUUCAUUGGAUAUCACCAUUUUCUAUUAACAGACUAUCAAAACUUAGUAUUCUUUGCCUUUCAAUGGGCAUUCUCUGCAACAAGCAUAACAAUAGUCAGUGGAUCACUGGCUGAACGAGUUCACAUCAACAGCUGUCUUAUAUAUACAAUAGUCAUGUCAGCGGUCAUCUACCCGCUGGGAGCACAUUGGGUGUGGUCUAAAGGUGGAUGGUUGCGCACGAUUGGAUCAAACGGCAUUCUCGACUUUGCCGGUGGUAUUGUCGUCCACAUGGUGGGCGGCACCGUUGGUCUGGUCGGUACAUACAUAGUCGGCCCACGAAUUGGCCGCUUUGAUGCAGAGAGCGGAAAGCCUAAGCCGCUUCCCGGCCACAGCAUCACACUGUCUACAUUGGGCGCAUUCAUCAUUUGGUAUGGUUUCUAUGGUUACAACACUGGAUCCACAUUGGGCGUCUCAUGGGGACGCACGGCAAUUGCAGCGAGAGCAGCAGUCACAAUGACAAUCAGUGGCACUGCCUCAUGCGCCACCACUCUCAUCGUCAUGAAAUUGUACAGCGGAAAGUAUGACGUAUCAAAGUCGGUCAAUGGCUUGCUGGCCGGUCUGGUAGCAACGGCAGCCAGCUGUGCAUUGGUCGAGCCCUGGGCUGGCUUUGUCAUUGGCUGCGUCAGCUCAUUUGUAUAUUUAGGAGCAUCAAGAUUCCUUCUGCGACUACGGAUCGAUGACCCACUGGACUCGGUCCCCAUUCAUAUGGCAUGCGGAAUGUGGGGCGCAAUCAGCGUCGGCCUCUUUGCCACUCAGCACAACAUUGAACAACUUCUACGACGACCAACAAACUCAUUUGGUCUAUUCUAUGGUGGAGGAGUCGAACAACUUGGUGUCCAACUAUUGGGAGUAAUAUGUGUCAGUGGUUGGUGCUUACUAUUGUCGGCAGUACUAUUCACGGUUAUGAAACGAUUCCACCAGCUGAGGAUAGACCCAACAAGAGAAUUGAUGGGUAUUGACAUGGAUCAGCAUGGUGGACCUGCCUACCCCAACUUCCAGAGCAUUUAA